AUGGCGCAUGGCACACAGGAAACCAAAUAUAAGCUAAUUUCAAGAAACCUAGAAGAAAUCCUGGGAGGCGAGAAAAUGCUCGAAAUUCUCAAAACGCGGGAUCUGAAGAUAUACUGGGGGACUGCGCCCACGGGCAAGCCGCACAUUGGAUAUUUUGUUCCAAUAUUCAAAAUUGCCGACUUUCUGAAGGCUGGCUGCGAGGUCAUCAUUUUAAUAGCCGACCUCCAUGCAGCCCUGGACAACCUUAAGGCGCCAAUAGAGCUCAUUGACAAGAGAUCAGCAUACUACAAGAUGGUGAUCAAAGCCAUGCUGAAGAGUGUAGGCGCUCCCAUAGAAAAGAUCAAGUUUGUGCUGGGAACAGACUACCAGUACGACCGAAAGUAUGUCCUGGAUAUGCACAAGCUCUCUAUGAUUGUUUCAAUCAACGACGCAAAGAAGGCUGGAUCUGAGGUUGUAAAGCAGUCAGACAAUCCUCUGCUGAGCGGGCUUGUGUACCCAGGCAUGCAGGCGCUGGACGAAGAGCAUCUACAGGUGGACGCACAGUUUGGAGGAGUUGACCAGCGGAAGAUCUUUAUCUAUGCAGAGGACGUUUUGCCAAAGCUUGGAUACGAAAAAAGAAUCCACUUGAUGAACGGGAUGGUGCCCAGUCUUUCAGAGGGCAAGAUGAGCAGCAGUGAUGCACAGUCAAAGAUCGGGCUGGAUGACACAAACAACCAGAUAAAGAAGAAGGUCCUUGCUUCGUUCUGCGAGGAGAAGAACACAGAAAGAAACCCUGUGCUGGUGUUUAUUGGCAAGUUCGUUUUUAGCACGGGAGAUGGAGAAGAAGCCCAGGCUUUCUCCGUCAGCAUCCAGAAGAUUAGCGAGACAAGGGUGUACACCAGCCUGGAAGCAUUGUCGAAGGACUUCAAGGAAGGAACCAUCCAUCCGCUUGAUCUGAAAACAGCCCUUGUGCAGUAUUUAAUAGAUCUUAUCUCGCCAGUGCGGGAGGAAAUACUCAAGCACCAAGACCUCGUGGACAGUGCAUACCCGCUGCCUGUUAAGCAGAAAGUGGUAAAGCAGAAGAAGAUAAACAAAAAAAAGACUGAAAAAGAGUAA